CCCCUUUUGCGAAUUUGUCAAGGGAAAAAGUUUAUCUAAUGCUGCACGAGUCGAUUUAGCAUAGAGCGCUAAACAGAAGGGUGCCAUGAGUGGCACAUACAUACUAUCUCUGUAUAAAAAAAAACAGAUCUCUUUUCACUACAAAUCAUGUCAAGCUUAUAUGCAGCCAACUUACCUGUCUCAGAUCAGGGGCAUUCGGAAAGAAAAUUGCCGGGAGUUGCGUUUUGUAGUGAACAUUUCGUAACCGAGGCUUCGUGUGAUUCAGAGAUGAUAAACACUCACGUGACUAUAGAACCCUUGCCCGAUCAACGUAUAUUGCAUUUUUCAGAUGAUGGACAAGAAGUAAUUGAAAAAGGCGCAACGCCCGAGUCGAGCUUUGUCGAGUCCGUCAGGGCUGUUUAUUCGAACAGGCCCAAGCAAGUCAUGGAUGGGAGAGAUGAUUUCUACACGUCCGUUCGGGACAAUACCUAUAAGGCUCUAGGUGAGUUGGAAGGUAUGAUAGCCUUCGUCGAUAUGCUAUUGAACGAGAAGCUGGCCAUAGAUAGGGGGAUAAAGCCUCCUCUCCCUGAUUCCGUUCGGGUUGAUGCAUUAGUAUCUAACUAUAUGGCGAAAAAAAGGCAACUUACACUGGUAUCAAAGCAACUGUCUGAAGCUAUGCACGAGCUGAAAGAUGUGAUUGAAAAGGAGAAUAUCUUUUGCCAGCAAGUAUGGAGACUGAGAAAACAAGGGUGGCAGUUACGUCCUUCUUAUGGGCGUACUUCAUAUCCGUCUUUUGAGGUUGAGCUGGAAUUAAAGGACUCGGCUAUUCCAAUCAAAAAGACAAAGGAAGGCAAUGUAUGUAUAGAGGUCAAGGCUGAACUGGCAAUGAAUGCGCUGGAAAUUGGUAUUUUACACAAGCAAGGCUACUAUUGUUCUAGACAAUCUAAUCACGCUUACCUUGAUGAAUUGCUUUAUUUACAAAAUGAAGAGCUUCGGUCGAGCAAAACGGGUGAAUUUCGUGCAGAAGGCGUUGAACAAGUUAAUCAACUCCUUCGUAUGUCCUCUGCGAGUGUGGCUACUCUAUGCCUCCCUCGUAAACUCCUUGAUGAAUAUCGAUCUAAUGAAACUCGUUGUCGAACAGAUUCCAAUUUUCCUCUCUCAGAAGUCGGCGGAACUGACUUGCGCUUGUUCUUCGAACUUCCCUAUGACCAAAACACCUAUUUUAUUCAAGUCGCCCAAGAAAGUCAUGAAGAUAGCUCAAAUUCUAUUUGUUCUCCUUCAGCGUCUUGUCUUUACCAUCCUCCAUCCCUUCAUCAAUUGAAACUAUGCACUAUUCACGGCGUCCUCCUCAUAUCCGUUCAUCAUGCCCUCCUAUUUCAGCAUCGCUCUCUCCGACUACACUAUUCCCAGUGGCCCCUAUAUCAAAAAAACAAAAAACCACCAUCUUCCAAUUCCGUACCCCCCCUUCAACUCAUCAUCCUCACCACUUAUCAUCUUAAACAAGUUCUAGAAACUAUGCUCCUCCUUGACCAUCUCGUCUAUUCCUUGAAUCACUUCUCCCACCUGGACACUGCAUUUGUCCAUUGGAACUCCACUUACUUCUUUACCCAUUCCUCCUUCUGCUUCUCUCUCUCCGAUUUCCAUCUCGCCGCUUCCAUUCAACGCGGCGUCAUCCACCUAUCCUCCUUCCAUACCCUCCUCGAACCCCACAUUCUCAUCCAACACAUCGUUCAUCGCCUAAUCACCCACAUUCUAAAACGUGUCUAUCGCACUAUUGUCUCCCUCCUCGGUCCUUCCCACGUUAGCCUCACUUUUAACCGUGUCGACUUCCCUCUCGGCACAUCGCACCCCGUUCUUUGUUCCAACCUUUCUCCCCCUGAACCACUCUACUGGGCAUCUUUCUUCGUUCAACCCACCUCCAGUUACCUAUUGGUCCAGCUCUUCAUCCGUAAAUCCGCCGACCUGAGCCUUUCUAUCCCUCCCUCUGAACCUUCCAUCUGGCCACAACUAACCGGCCACACCUAUCUCGACAAACUCACUGGACUCAUUCUCCAAUGUAAACAACACAAAAAUCCCUUUAUACCCCCUCCUUCCCACCGAUGAUCUAUCUAACUCUCCCUGUCUAUGAAUAUGCAAUCCUAUAAAUCGCACUGCUGACACAAUUCAGAUAAACACAAACACAUCACGACGCCGAACCGUACAAUCAGCUGCGCACAUAUGCUAAUCUCAAUAGUCUACAUAACUUGAAGAAUUCCAGUCCUAGCGUGGCGCGAACUAAAAGUAUAUCCAAAAUUACACAUUAAUUGACAACAUGCAAAAAACAUGUAUACAUAUUAGACUUGAAAA